CCCCAACAACCCCCCCCACCUCGCCAUGUCCAUCCCCGCCCAGUUCACCGGCCAGGCCGCGCUCGUCAAGCAGACGGCCAACGCGUUCGACCUCAAGCAGACGGCGUACACGCCCCGCGCGUUCACCGAGGACGAUGUCGUGAUUGAGGUCGAGGCGUGCGGUAUCUGUGGUACCGACAUCCACUACAUCACCUGCGGCUGGGGCGCGCACGACCAGUUCCCCGCAAUCGUCGGCCACGAGAUUGUCGGCCGCGUCGUCCGCGCGGGCAAGAACACGACCCACACUGUCGGCGCGCGCGUCGGAUUCGGCGCCCAGUGCGGCUCGUGCCGCGAGUGCGACAACUGCAAGGCCGGCAUGGAGAACUACUGCACGCGCGCGUACCUCUCCACCUACCAGGGCAAGACGGGCGACGCCGUCCAGCCGUACACGCAGGGCGGGUACGCCGACUACUACCAGGGCCCGGGCCACUUUGCCAUUCCCAUUCCUGAGGGGCUCGACUCGGCCGUCGCGGCGCCACUGCUUUGCGCCGGUGUGACGGUCUACGCGCCGCUCAAGCGCUACGGUGCUGCCGAGGGCAAGAAGGUCGGCAUUAUUGGUAUCGGCGGUCUCGGACACCUCGGUGUUCAGUUCGCUGCCGCGCUCGGCGCCGAGACGUAUGCCAUCUCGUCGUCGGACCGCAAGAAGCCCGACGCGCAGAAGCUCGGCGCCGUCGGAUACAUCAACGCGUCCGACGCCGACGCCGUGCUGAAGGAGCACAAGGGCACGUUCGACAUCAUCCUCUGCACGUCCGACCAGAACGACAUGCCGCUUAACGAGCUCUACCUCCCCCUCCUCAAGACGUUUGGCAACUUUAUCUCGGUCGGCGUGCCCGACAACGGCCUGCCGCACAUUGGCGGCGCGCUCCUCCCCGGCAAGAGCAUCACGGGCUCCCUUAUCGGCUCCCCGUCCGAGCUCGAGGCCAUGUUCAAGCUCGCGCUCGAGAAGGACGUGCGCACGUGGAUCGAGACGCGCCCCAUGAAGGAGGCGACCCAGGCCGUCAACGACAUGACCGCCGGCAAGGCGCGCUACCGCUACGUCCUUGUCAACGACAACUACGUUAAGAAGGAGUAA